GCUUGGCGUUGCUCUGUGAUGGAAUUUAUUAAUGCUAGUUCAUAGUUAUUAUUUAUUUGUUUUGUGAGUGUGUGUAUGUGCGUUGCUCGUGUGCAAAAAAUGACCCAAAAUGCAGGAAACACAAUGGAAUAAGGACAAGCCGGAAGAUGGCUGCAACAACAAUAGCUACAGCAGCAGCAGCAGAAGCAAGAGCAGGAGCGAAGGGAGCACCGGUUGUCAUCAGCGUCUCUUCCUAUGCAUUGCCAAGGCUGUGAAGCAAUUCAUUGAUCUCUGCAACGACCUAGGUGCAAACUGCAGCCCGUCAGCAACCACAGCAACAGCGACAACUACAAAUACAUCACCAGCAGCUUCAGCCUGCUCCUCCACCACCAGCAGCACGCACAACCUGAUAACAGGUGGCACGCAACAGCAACAGGCGCAGCAACAGCAGCACCUGCAGGUGCAAUCUUCAUCUUCAGCGACAGCAGGAGGAGGAGCUUUGCUCGAACGCCGCCACAUCUCGCAUACGACAGCUGUCAAAUUUCUUAACGCCCGCAAGUUUGAUGUCGAGCGAGCGGUAUCCUUGUAUGUGCAACAUGAGCAGAUCCGACAAAAGGAGUCACUCGACACCAUUAAUCCCGAUGUGGAGCCACUGCUCUCCGAGCUGAAGACCAGCAAGUUCACGAUCCUGCCUGCUCGGACGUCCAGCGGUGCUGCCAUUGCCCUGUUUACCGCCAGUCGCCACAGUCCGCUAAGCGUUUCGCACAAGACCACGUUGCAGGGCAUUGUCUACCAGCUGGAUAGUGCACUUCAGGACACGGAGACGCAACGCGCUGGUCUUGUCUUCAUCUACGACAUGAGUGGGUCCAAGUAUUCCAACUUUGACUAUGACCUCUCCCAGAAGAUUCUAACGCUUCUCAAGGGCGGCUAUCCGGCGCGCCUGAAGAAAGUGCUAAUUGUGACGGCCCCGUUGUGGUUCAAGGCUCCAUUUAAAAUCCUGCGGCUUUUUGUUCGCGAAAAGCUGCGCGAGCGAGUCUUCACCGUAUCCGUGCCACAGUUGGCACUCCACGUGCCCCGUACGGCGCUGCCCAUUCAUCUGGGUGGCACCCUGGAGAUCAAGCACGCCACAUGGUUGCUCAGCUGCCGCCAAUCGAUGACGAAUCGUGAGGACGAGCUGGCCAAUAUCGUGGGCGUGGGAUCGGGAUCGGGAUCGGGAUCUGCAGUAGCAGCAGCAUCGGCAGCCAAUGGCACCGAAACGGAGGCCGCACCAGCGGGAUCCCCGAUAAUCAGUGCCGUUCAUCAGCUGGGCGACAACAAUACCACCGUGGUUACCGUGAGCAUUGGCGUAGGCACAGCUGGAGCGCCAGGACAUGCUGCCACUAAACCAGCUGUGAGCAGCGGCAGCGAACCCAACGAAAACAUCACAAUAAAUGGCCUGAGUCCCAGUCAUCAGCGUCAGGCUAAUGGCAGCAGCAGUGCCUCCUCUACGGCUGUCAAUCCCCUCAAGCUCAACACGAGUGGAGUGGCGGAAAACAGUAGUAGCAGCGGCGGCACAACUAAUGCCGCUGCCACAGCCACAGGUGGAGGUGGAACAGCUGGAGCGGGAUUAGUGGCAACAGCCGGAGGCGGCGGUGGCGGUGGCGGAAGCACAACCAAUGGCGGUGGUGAAUUUUGGUCAGAGAAUCCGCCCAGCAGCGCCUCAUCCGGCUUCAGUGAUGACGACAGUCUGGCCGGUCAGGAGGGUGAUCCCAAGCCCAUUGAACAGAUUGUGCAGAUGGUAAAGAUGCGCGGACGCACUGGUUUGAUCAAGGAGUAUGCGGACAUACGGAAUCGGGCGCCCGAGGGUACCUUCCUCUAUGCGAGAAUGCGACCAAAUCUGACCAAGAAUCGGUACACAGACGUCCUUUGCUACGAUCACAGUCGAGUGGUGCUGGCACACGAAGAUGGCGAUGAGCCAUCCGAUUAUAUAAACGCGAAUUUCGUCGAUGGCUACAAACAGAAAAAUGCUUAUAUUUCAACUCAAGGUCCAUUACCAAAGACAUCCCCGGACUUUUGGCGCAUGAUCUGGGAGCAACAGUGUUUAGUUAUAGUGAUGACAACGCGCGUUAUGGAACGCGGACGCGUGAAAUGCGGCCAAUACUGGGAGCCGACUGAAGAUAGUUCCUUAGAGUUUGGCAAUUACCAUGUGCGAACAAUUAGCGUUGAGUGCAAUGAGGAUUAUACGGUUGCCUCGUUGGAGCUAAGAAACAUAAAGACUGACGAAAUCCGCAAUGUGUCACAUUGGCAGUUCACCAGCUGGCCGGAUUACGGUGUUCCCAGCUCAGCCAUGGCCAUGCUGAACUUUUUGCAGAAGGUGCGUGAUAAGCAGGCGGAGCUCGUCCAUGCUCUUGGUGAUACAUGGGCGGGGCAUGCCCGAGGUCCCCCAAUUGUGGUGCACUGCAGUGCUGGCAUUGGACGCACUGGCACAUUCAUAACUCUGGACAUUUGCAUAUCGCGGCUGGAGGAUGUGGGGACGGCGGAUAUACGAGGUACUGUGGAAAAGAUUCGAUCGCAGCGCGCCUACUCCAUCCAAAUGCCCGAUCAGUAUGUGUUCUGUCACCUGGCCCUUAUCGAGUAUGCAUAUUCGCGCGGCAUGCUGCAAACCGUGGACCUGGCCGGCUUUGAUGAGCGCGAACAGGACUCGGAGUAGGUGUGCGAGUAGGAUUCCAUGAGGGAAAAGGAAACGGAAACGGACGACAGGAAAAAAAACCUUGUACACAGAAUAAUUUGAUGUUUUUACUCUCGAAAGUCGGAGCUGUAACCUUUUUUUUGUACUAGAUGAACGAUUCUUCAGAUAUGAUGAUGAUGAUCGUUGUGAACAGAUAGAGAGAAAUAGGGAGAGAGAGUAGAGUAACAAAUUUACGUUAAUCUAUUGUAUUUUUUUUUUAUAUAUAUAUAUGUAUUAUUACACAUACCAAGCUAUAGUUUGUAUAGCAUCAGAACAUUAUUUAAAUUAAAUUUAAACUAAAUGAAAAACAAGUAGCUAAAAAUAA